CGCAAUCGGAAAGGCAAUGCAGUAUCGACAAGCACCCGGUGGCCACGAGUCAUGUGAUAAGCCAAGGUUUAGAAAUCGAGAUACUCGAGGAUCUAGAUAGCAUGACGUCCUUUGAUGAAAUGUUCGAAGAGGAUGUUGAAUGGCCAGCCUACGCCCGCACUCCAUCGCCAGCCUACGUCAGCACUCCAUCGCCACAAAGGUCGCCUUUGUUCACGCUAGCAAACUGUAGCUCAGACGAAGAAAUACUUCACACUCCGUAUGUUUUUCCCGCCACCAUCGAAGCAACGGCCAACACGAAAACACAGACCGAUAAACGGUGCACGACCAAAAAAACCCAGCGAAAACGCAGCCGAGCGCUAGCUAAGGCCAAAAACAUUUCCACGAAUCGCGUGGUUAACAUUCUCCCGAAACCUACUCCUGCUCCUGCUCCAGUCUGCCCGGCAACAGUAGCAACUUGUGCUACGUUUCCCGUGCUAAUCAUUCCCCCCCUUAUGGCACAAGAAAGCGGGUCCUCAGUUAUCUUAGGACAGCCAAUCGGUUGGGGUCCUCUGCUUAUGAACCAAACGCUGCAAAAACCACAAGACUCGCCGCAGGUAGUGGUUCCAACACUGAGGAAGAGAGGUAGGAAGAAGAACGCCAGCAAAGUGGAGUUGGGCAGUGAGGAUCGGGAGAAACAUGAACGAUGUAACGAUGCGGUCAAACGGUACAGGAUCCGUUUGAAGGAGAGUCAAGAAAAGCAACAUCAGCGCAAUAUUGAGCUUGAGGCAGAAAAUUUACGCCUCAAGACCGAACUUGAAGCAUUGAAACAAGCACAUUGCAAUUGCUCCGUCACCGAAGAAAAAAGGUUCACCGUGCCACAGGAACACACCACCACGCCGUCGUUGGACGACAGGGAUGAUCUGAUGAUUGAUGGUGCGAUCGUGAAGAAUGUUGAUCAACAACCACCGAUUGUGUUGACCACUGCGCCGCAGGUGCGUCUUAUUCCUGUAACAUCUGAAAUGAGCCUCUCUGCGUCGCCUGUAAGAACAACCACACCAACUACCAUUCAAAGGUUGGAAGCCGGCGGGAAACAGAUUAGACUGAUCGUGGGCAACGCGAACAUGAAGAGAGAUGAUCAAAAACCAGCGGUUAUAUUAUCUGCAAAUCAGUUGCGCAUUAUUCCACCCGAAAUUAAAUCCGUUACGUCGCAGGGACAAACUGUCGUUGGAACGCUGGAAACGGGCAAAAAACAGGUUAGACUGAUCGUUGGUGGCCAGAACACGGUGAGAGUUGCGCCGAAACCAGCGGUUGCAUUGUCUACGGCACCAGUGCGUCUUGUCUCCGUGACGCCUGAAGUGAACGUCGCCGACUCAAUGGUACAUCACACCAUCCCACAAACCCACGGAACCGUAAUGGGCGGGACCCAACCAACAACCAACGACCAACUCGUCGUCGAUGGUCUGAGCUUGAAAAGAGCUGUUGAACAACCACCGGUUGCAUUGUCCGCUCCGCAGGUGUGCCGUAUUGCGCCGCGUAUUGUGAAUAGUCAACAAAAACCUAUCUUCGUAGUUAUUGGCCCAGGAGUAAAACCGCCCGUCCGGGGAGGUGCACCAGUUGAAAGUAGUGUUGAAAUCAAUUCGUCUUCUGAAAUACUAAGUUAGUUCAAUAUCUGCCUGCGGAAAGAAGAAAUAAAACAAUGAAUUAUGCCCUUUGUCACUAAUUAGUGUCCAGACACGCCAAAGCGGUCGUGAGA